GUCUCGCUACACAAACAUGGCUGAAAAGUCGAAGUUUUGGCAAGUUAUCCCUGUAAACUUUGACUUGUUCCGACCUUGGCUGUAGGCAAAUGUGUGCCAGAGUUUCCUCGAACUACGGGGAUCUACGCAGUAGGGACACUAAAUGGUGGUGACAGAUACGCAAUUGUUUCCACCCCACGACAUGAAGGUCCGAAUUACUAGUUGGGACGGUCGAGACUUUAUCACCGAUCUUCAGCGCGAGUGGACUGUAGAUAAAGUUAAGAUCGUCGCCAUGGAACAUUUUUCACGUUCAGGAGACAGUGUAAAGACUUCUUUGUAUCAUAAACUUGUGAAUGUGCGUCUUGCAAAGACACUAAGUGAAUCUAUGACUAUUUCUCAAGAGGGCGUCAAAGAAAAUGAUGAACUUCUACUUCUGAAAAGACGCUUGCCACCAGCAUUUGAAGGGUCAGAGAAACACAAGGAUGAUCGACGAACUCCAGACUUCAGCACAAUACGAAAAUUGACGUCACACCUUCCCAAAAUUCCAUACAGUGUUAAAGAAGAGGAACCAACAAACUCAGUAGAUUUUCAGACAGAGCUGCGUCGAAUCCUUAUUUCUCUUAUAGAAGCUUCUCAAAGAAUUCUUUGCCUCAACCCAUCAGCUGCCAAGAUCUUCAAGCAGGCUGAAGAUAUGCUAAGUGAACCUUUGCAGCAACCCAAAAUUGAUUAUGCUGCACUCAAACAGUUGACUGACAUGGGUUUCCCAGAGGCUCGUGCCAAGAAAGCGCUGGUAAUUAACAAAAUGGCAGUGAUGGCAGCAAUGGAAUGGUUAUUUCAGAAUGAAAAUGAAUCCGAUGUUGACAUGCCUCUUCCAGAGUUAGAGGAACCAAUCACUUCAUCUAGUCAAGACAGGGAACUUCAAGGUGCGGAGGGUGGUUUGCUGCAGACAGGAGGUGAGCCUAUAGAUGCUGGUUCUGAAGGGGGUCUCCCACGCUACACCAGCAUCCUAGACACCAUUCGUGCCUUACGAAAGCGAGAGUUUCAUCCUAAUCCUAAGGCACUGAAGCGGCUCCUGGAGAUGGGAUUUGAAGAAAAUGAAGCACUGCAGUCUUUGCGUAUGUUUCGUAAUGACCAAGAUGCAGCAUGUGACUGGCUGCUUGGUGAUCGGAAGGAGCAAUCUGCAAUGGUGGAAGAAGGCCUUGAUCCCUCAUCUCCUGUGUACCAGGCCAUCAUGCAAAACCCCACUGUACAGCUGGGUCUUAACAAUCCAAGAUGCUUGCUAGCUUUCUUGCAGAUGCUGGAAAACCCUUUGGCUGCUAGCCAGUGGUUGAAUGACCCCGAGACAGGACCCAUUCUUAUGCAAGUUUCACGCAUUUAUCAGAUGCGGACUUGAUGGAAAUCAGAUUUCUACAACCACAGACCCACCUCCUGUGGCCUCUCCUGCAGCAUCAUUGACCUUAGCAUCAUCCCCAACCACCUCAACAGGAACAUCCAGCAGUUCGCCACCAGCACCCUCUUCACAGGCUAACUCUCGUGCUUGCACCUCAUCUAAGUCAUCACCGCCUCAGGAGCCAAGAUGAUGUCUAGUGACUGUAGUUCAUUGCCUUUGUCCUUUUUCUUGUUUCUCUUCUAAUGGAAUUCUGUUCGUGCAAAGUGCAAUGCUGUGGUUGGCAGUCUGCUUAUCAUAAACUGCAGACCAUUUUGCUGCUGAGACAUGCAGUCUCUGGAAUAGCAAGCUAAGUGUAUGCAGUACAGGCUAAGUGCAGUGGUUUUACUGAGGUUUUACUAAUGCUGCAUGUGCCCAAAAUGUGCCAGCAUAGAUUGCAGAUUCACUUAGGGGGAACUCUUUUCACAAUACACAGUACAGCAAAUCUAAGAUUUUUGGGGGGUGUUUUUCCUGGAGCUUUUGCUAAUACAGGAUUGCUUGGUUGGUUGGUUAUUUUUCUUUUUGUUUUAGAGCGUGCAAUUUUUAAUAAUUUUUGACAUCAUCAUUAUUAUUAUUAUUAGAUAAGAGCCAGAUCUCGAUGAAUUUUGUUGGUUUGAAGCAUUUUGUUUCUGUGCACUUGUAAUUUUAGGUGAAACAUGCUAGUUUAUGUCUGUUGUAUGUGAGUAUGGGGUGUGUGUGUGAGAAAGUGAGAGAGGGAGAAAGGACACCAGGUGGGUGAGUGGAAAUGACAAGGCAGGAAAUCAAAUUUAUGCUUCAAGGCUACAUCCGAAUUUCUGAUGCAUCAAAAGAAAGCAAUUUACUGACUUUUAAAAGAAGUUUCAAGACCACCAGUGUGAUCUUGCUCUGUGUUUCUGUCAUAUGAGAAUAUUUUUGUUUAGAACAAACUGGACUGCCUUAAAAAGAUCGCCAUGUAUCAGAUAAGUAUUGUUAUGAUAAGAGUGGCUCUUGGUUUUAUGUGUCAUUGGUUUAAUCUCUCUUGCCUGGGAUUUUCAAAAGUUAUUUUGUCUUUAAGAUUGGUUGUCUUAUGAUGGCUAUGAUGUUACUUAUAGUUGCUGCCAAUUGUUUUUUAAAUUUAUUGUUGAAUGUUAGUAAUUCUUCUGAGUCUGUUGUUCCUAAUUUGUACUUUCUGUUUCACUGUUACCUCUUGGCUGAAAAAGUAACUGUAACCCAUAUCAAAAGUAUGUAUUGGUAUAGGCUGCUUCAAGUGCAUGCAUUGAAAAAAAUUUUUUUUUCAAAUCACACAGUUCAUGUGAAUAGGCAGCAAGUGACUUUUGAUCAUUAAUAACAGAACACAGUGUCAGUGUCAUGAUGAAGAAGAGGUUGAGUUAAAGGAAAACAGACUCAUUAGAAUAUGUUAGAUUUGAUAAAAAGGCUUUAUUCACACAUGAAUUUGCACAGGAAAAAGCAUGCUUGCACACACUGGUUGGGAGCUGAGUGUGUAACGAAGGCUAAUACAGUCACAGCAGGCAGUGAGUGUAAUGGCCACUUUAGAUGUUACCUGCUCCUUGAGAUGCAGCAGGGUUGGUGGGGGUACAUUUGAUUCAGUCAGUUGCCGAUUCAACCAUGGCCCCUAGUUAAUUCAACCACACCAUCAUAAUCCAUGUGAUUUGGCCACAAAAUAAGGAAAUUUUAAUGUGGUCUACUUUAUCAUUGCUCGUUAACUUCGGUCUUUCAUUGUUUAUGUGCUUGUGGAAAUAUUGCCUUGAAGAAGUAAUGUUUUGUAAAACAAUAUAUGUAGCUUUCAUGUGAAUAUAGUUCAGUAUGCCCUGCAUUUUUAAAAAAUAUUGGAUGAUACACUGGUGGCCUCUAUUUCACACAGACACAUGCCGAUUUAAGAUAUGUUGUGUAGUUUUACAAACUGUAGUUGCGCUCUCCAGGCCUGCUUUGUGGCUAUGAGUGAUAUGGCUUUGCCAUGCUGACUGCUCUGCUUUUGGAUAAAUUAAACUAAGCAGGAAUCUAUUUUCUCCUUGCUUAUAUAUAUAUCCAUGAUGACAAUAGUGGCUAAUCUACAUGCAUCACAUGACUAAUUUGCAUUUAAAAAAUGUAGUUUUGCUUACAUACAACAUGCACCGAAGUUAUUUAGGCUAUUGGUUGAAUCAGCUCAGGCUGUGGUUGAAUUGACUCUUGGGUAAGAACAAAUCAGUUAUGGAUCAUGUUUGAAUUGACCGAUUACACUGUUAUGCAUGGGUACACAGGAUUAUUAUAUGAAGCCGGCAUGAAAGGAGAGGGCUGUUCUUGAGAUCUUUGACCAGUCCCUUCACUAUAAAUCACUCCCAACCUUGAUCUUUCAAAAGAAAAAAUACAAACCCCUGCUUUCUUGACUUUGUUGUUUAUUGGUUAUAUCUUUAGAAAUGAUUUGUAAAAAAGUGUUUAUAUUCAAGAGUGCCAUUCCUAUCAGGCGUUUUGGCUGUCAUGAAUAAAACAGAUAAAGGAAACCUUCAAGCUCGUACAGAAGAGUUUAAAAACUGUCAAGCUUAGGGUAAAGUGUAUGCUAUUUAAACUACAGUUUUGUUUUAGACAACAGUUGGCAGAACGUGUUUCCAGUAGGUCACAGCAAAAGUUUUU